GCCCAGAACAAAAAUCGGAGAAGAGAGGAAGGAAAGGGAAAGGGUGUACAUGCCUCAUCAAGCGUGCCGAUUUCAAUCUCACCUAGCAAUCGCGCUCCCUGCGCCGCCGCCAUCACCACCCACUACCUAACUGCCGCCACGAGCGAUUGUAGAGCAACAAAAUGUCACCCCCCGUCGAAACCUUCAGCGCGGCCGAGCUGCCCACGCGCGUGCUGGGCGACGUGAACGGAAAGCGUCGGAAAGGGAUUGAAGGGCUGAAGCUGGAGGAAUGCGAGAUGUUGGAGAUACUGCAGUAUUCGUGUGUUAUUCAGGGUUACGAGAAGGGGGAGGUGACGAGGGAGUCGAUUGUCCAGUGUACGCCUAUUGCGAGGUUGUUUAGGAGGUGUCAGGAUCGGAAGGGGAGUUUUUUGGUUGAAACGACGGCGUGGGAGGGUGAGAAGACGGAGAAGUGAGGCUGGAGAGCUGGGAACUUAUAUGGAUAUUUGGCGCUGGUGGGAGGUUUGGGCGAUUCGGCGUUUAUGGGUUGAUUGGAGUUAUUGGGCUUCAGCUACUGGGUUAAGUUACUAGGCUCAAAUUACAAGAUGGAUAUCACAUAGCAAGAACAGCGACUCUUCUACAGAGG